AAAAAAGCAAAGUGGAAAUAAAGUGUUGUUUUGAACCAAGAUAAGUUGUUUAAACAUAGUUUUUAAUAUUAAAGGGGAUUUUUUGUAAAAGUAUAAACCGUAGAAUAAUAGUAAUUACGUUAUAAAAUGGCUGCCAAUUCUAAUGGACAGAUUAAACAACGACCCAGUUCCGAAAAUACAAAGAAAACCCCCAUAAGCCUUUUCCAAAAACAAUCAGAAUGUUCUUAUGUUUCUUGUUAUUGUGAAGAAAAUGUGUUCAAAUUGGCCCAAGAUGUGGCAUCUAAACACUCAGGCGAGUUACACAAAUGUUUUGUAACUUUUGUAUCAAACCCCAGCAGAACUGUGCCUUUAUGGAGGCAAAAAGCAGGAAAAGAUGAAGACAGGCUUGUAAUCUGGGAUUACCAUGUAAUCUUCCUGUAUCAACCUGAACCAGAAAAAUGUUUGGUUUAUGAUCUGGACUCGGAACUACCAUUCCCCACAUACUUUCACAAAUAUGUCACAGAAACAUUCAGAACUGAUCAAAUACUAAAGGCGGACUAUUUUAGAUUUUUUAGAGUGGUUCCAGCAAAUGAGUUUCUUCUGGAAUUUGCUUCUGAUAGAAGGCACAUGAAGAGACCUGAUGGUACAUGGAUUAAACCACCACCAAAUUAUCCAGCCAUCACAACACCCAAAAACCCUCACAAUUUGGAAGACUUUAUUCAAAUGGAAGCCACAAAAGGUCCAGGUCAGGUAUUCAGUCUAACACAGUUUGUACAACGAUUUUACAAGCCAAUGGCAUAGUUCAUAAUAAUACAAAUAUCUAAAUAAUAAUAAUAAUAUUAUUAAAUCUAAGUCAAUUUAACCAUGGGCUCUUAUACAUGUGAGUUGUAAAAAACAAAAAUAAGAUCCAAAUGUCAUGUUUUUAGUCUAGUGUUUGUGCUUCAAUUUUAAAUCUCUGCACAUUUUUCUAUCUUCACCUUUUACUACUAUUUACUACAUAUAUUAUAUACUCUUUAUUCCUGGACGGCAGAGCUAUAAGAUGCACAUAAGUAAUCUAAAAAUGAACUCUUAAGUAGGUAAUGUACAAAGUACCAAAGCACAUUAAAUUACAAUGUAUGCAUAGAAGAAAAUAGUAGGUACUAGUAAAAGUACUUUUGAAAGGAUAAAAUAUUCCAAACAAUAUACAAAGUAAAUAACAAAAAAAUUAUAAAAACAAAAAAUAGCACUUUAUUAAAAGUGCUUUUAAAAAAAUGUUCAUGAGUACUUCAUACAAGUGUUCAAAAAUUCAAAACUAUGCUCAAAGUACUUAAAGUACAAAAUUUAAGUACAGCUCUGCUGGAUGGCCAUUUUUUAAAUCAAAAUUUUAAAAUAUUCUAAUAUAUGGUGGAUUUAAAGUAAUAAAUUAAUCCAGAUCUAGACUAAUAAAUGUAAAAUGGCCAUAAGUAGGUAUACUUAGUAAGUGUUUUAACAUUUUAUAAUAUCUAGUAUAUUUACAUCGUUUAUACAUAUUUAUAUCAUGGAUUUUCUAAAAUUAUUUAAAAAUAUACUGUAGUUUUUUCUGAAAUAUACAUUUUAUUAAAAAUUUUAUAAUGCUUUAAUUAUUGGUAA